ACUCAAGACUUCUGCAGCAAUGGACGAGAUCUACAUGAAUGAUGACAUUUUCCAUUCUACUUUGUCAUCUUCCAAGAAACAGGAAAGCAAAUUAAAAUCAUGCAGGAGCUCACAGAAAGAGGUAGAAAAUAUCUAUAUGAAUUUUGGAGACUCAAGUGUUUGUCCUCCUGCUACUGCCAAUCAGACCAAAAUUACACCAAACAAGGUGAGCAGCUCUUCACUAGAAGAAAGAAAACAAAGGCAAUGGGAUAACAGAGAGGCAGACUUCUGUGGUCUGUUUGCUCGCUCUUGCUGUUGGCUGGUAUCUUCUCUUACUCUGUUGCUGGUAUUGCUGCUGUUUGCCUUUGGAAUAUUUUUUAUACAUGCUGAAAAAAAAUUACACGAUAUGAAAAAGAAAUAUGCCAGCUUAUCAGAAAAUCGCUCCUUAGCAAAUGAGGAGCUCAACCAGAUGAGGAGUAACUUCAGCCAUUUAUCAACAAAGCACCUGACUCUUCAAUUUAAUUACAGCACACUUUUUGACAAAACGUGUCCACUUUGCCCAUAUGGAUGGUUGAUUCAUCAAACAUCAUGUUACUACAUCUCGACUGAUCAAAUGAAUUGGAAUGAUAGUCAAGGUGAUUGCAUGGCCAAAGGAGGGCAUCUGGUGAUAAUCACGAAUGAAAAGGAGCAGACAUUUUUGAAUGAACAUGUCAACAAGUCACAUGCUUGGAUUGGUCUCUCUGAUUUAGAAGAAGAAAGAAAAUGGAUUUGGGUAGACAGCACAACACCCACCAUGCGCUACUGGGCAGAAGGACAGCCUGAUGACUGGAAUGGAGAAGAUUGUGCUCAUAUAAGACAAUGGCCAGGCUCCAUCAAUAGCUGGAACGAUUUAUCUUGUGAAUUCAGGAUAGGAAGAGUUUGUGAAAAGAAACAAAACAUUUAAAUAUUUUUCUGCAGAAAUACUUCAAAAUGAAUUUCUCUUUAAAUUAAAUUAUAAUGAUUUCUGCUGUUCAUUGUCACUAAUGCAGUAUAAUGUUUUUAACAACAACAACAACAUUUCUAUUUCUAUAGCCCAUUUUCAAACA